CCUGUCACUCCGUCACAUGACUGGACCCGGAGGCUGCAACAGUCACAGACUUGCCUGAGAGAGAGGUGAGACCGAGAGAGAACCUGGGUCUGUACUGGGGGAUAGAGGUCGCUGUUGCCCAUGAGGAGGGCUGUUUGGGGGUUUGUGACUGGGGUACCAUCUGUACACCCCAACACCUCUAAGGGACCCCAGGAUUGCACCUUGGAGCGCCUAAUCCUGGUCUGAACAUCAACUGGGCUGAACAGAAUACUCUGUGUGAAACCCAGUCAUCUCCAUCUGUACUAAAGCAGCCAGUGGCCCUUUCACAAGGGGGGGCAGAAUACUAAAGCAGCCAGUGGCCCUUUCACAAGGGGGGGCAGAAUACUAAAGCAGCCAGUGGCCCUUUCACAAGGGGGGGCAGAAUACUAAAGCAGCCAGUGGCCCUUUCACAAGGGGGGGCAGAAUACUGGCAGGGCAUGUUCUGCUCCUUCUCUCAGCUACUCUAAGCAUCAGAACCCCCCACAGAACUUUCCUUGUUCGACCUCCCAGCCCUAAGCACUCUCCCAGCCCUAAGCACUCUCCCACCCUGCAGAACCUCCACCUCUCAGCGUCUCUCAGCAACAGCGCCGCCCUGCAGGACCCUCCAUAGACCGACUGCUCCUCACAGACAAUGGCCGUCUCCAGCAUUAAACGCCUCGCCGUUACCCUUAUGGACGCCUCUACUGACAAGGAUCCUGAGGUCCAGGAACAGAUCUACAGCUCGCUGUGCUUCAUGGGAGAGGCGGCCCCCACCGAGAUCCUCGAGUCAUGUGACUCGUAUCUGAGGCAGCACGAUAAGCUCUCCUACGCUCAUCGAACCAUUAUCCUUAGGGCCAUGGAGACCAUAGUGAAGAACAGUCUCAAAGCCCUAACAAAAGAGACUGCCAAGAUGGUGAUAUUGCUGGCUUCAAAUGAGAUGACCAAGUCUAAGGAUAUCAUAUUUGAGUGGCAGCAGGGUGCCAGUAAUGUUCUCGUUGCCAUUGGGAGACACUUUAUUAACAAUGUUAUGGAGGAGAUCUUGGUGAAGUUCCAGCCGGGGAUCCUCCCUCAUUUCUUUAUCAUGCAGACACUGGCCAACCUCUCUGUGGCCAACGUGUUUGGGAUGGUGCCGUUCCUGAACUCCAUCCUGGGCACCAUGUUACCCAUGCUAGGGAUGGCCAAGCAAGACCCCAUGAAAGCUGUCUUCUGUGUGGCGCUGCAGCAUUUUAGUGAGAGUAUCCAGGAAUAUUUGGCCAACCUGGACAAGGCCCCCGACCCCACCGUGCGGAAGGACACCUUCUCCAAUGAAAUCUUCAACGCCUACGAUGUUCUCUUCAACACCUGGUUGCAGAACCGAGAGUCCAAAGUCCGACUGGCUGUGGUGGAAGCUCUGGGCCCAAUGAGCCAUUUGCUUCCAAACGAGAAACUAGAAGAGCAGCUUCCCCGCCUUGUACCCGGGAUCUUGUCCCUCUACAAGAAGAAUGUGGAGGCUCUGUUUGUAACUAAGAGCUUUUGCCAGAUACUGGAGAGCGCAGUUUCCAAUGAAAGCCGCACACUGGAGGGUCUCAUGGAUUCGAUCCUGGGGGCUUUGCACUCACAGAUCUGUUUGUCCCUGGACUCAUCCAAUCAGAUGCUGGUGAGGAAUCAGAAUGAGGUGCUUCGCUGUUUCACAGUACUGGUCUCCAGGUUCCCAGAUCACUUACUGGCGUUCCUGUUGCCCAAACUGGAGGCCAAUAGCCCCAAGGUCCGUGUGGGGACUCUCGUCAUCAUGAAACAAGUCAUCAACUCUGCACCCACAAGCAUGGAGGUGAAGAAGCCACUGAUUCUGGCCGCUGUGAGGCAGCCCCUGCAGGACCCCACUAACAGGGUGAGGCGGGCGAUGGUGCAGCUGAUCAGCGCUAUGGCACACCAUGGGUACCUGGAACAGCCCGGGGGGGAGUUGCUGCUGGAAUAUCUCAUCAGACUGUGCUGUGUCACCCCCAGCCCCUCGUCUCGUCAGCAGAACUCGGAACCAGAAGAGGUAACUGAGGAGAAUGUGCGGCGGAUCAGCAUCAGCACCUUGUACCUGAUCAGCACCACCGUGGAUCGAAUGAAUAACAUCUUGUGGCCGUACCUGUUGGAGUUUAUUGUCCCAGUGCAGUUUUCCAAUGCUCUGACCCCCAUCUGUAAGAGUUUGGUGCAGCUCGGCCAGAAGAGACAGGCGGAGAGUGUGGAGACCUUUCUCAUCAAUUACAAUGUUCACACCAACCUGCCGUCCCCACACGCCCUCGUUGCCCGGCUCUUGGUGGCCGCUGCUGCAUUGGAGCCCGGGGAUGGGCGGAGCUCCGCUGCACUCCGCCUUCUCAAUGUCAUGCAGAUUAAUAUCCACCCGACAGUGGGCCGGUGCUGGGACCAGGAGAUUCCUUUACUGCUGAACUGCUUGGAAGAGCACGGAGCUGAAUCUCUUCUGCAGCAAAAUGAAUGGGAAGAUAAGAUGCUCAAGUUCCUGGGGGUCACCCUACAGGCUGUGGCCGAUGAUAAGUGGAUCAGCCAACUGGGCCAGGAGAUGCACCAACAGCUGCUCAGCUACAAUUCCCUCCCCCUGGAGAAGAACUUCCUGUACAAAUGCAUUGGGACGACGCUGGCCGCCUGCGAGAAGCGCGAGGUGGUGAGGAAACAGCUGCAGGUCUUAUUGAGCACCGCCCGGUACCAGGAGGAGUCUGAGCGGGAGGGUUUGGCCGUGGCGUUUGGCAUUUGCUCGGCGCGGCACUUGGACGAGGCGCUGGACACGCUGGGCGACUUCCUCAAGUCUGACAUCAUGAAGAGGAACGCGGGGAUAUUCAAUCUGUUCAAGGACCGGGCCGAUGGGGAUCUGGAGAAGAUCAAGAGCUCGCUCAUCCUCUGUUACGGUUACGUUACCGUUUACGCUCCCAUUGAACUUGUUCUUCCCCGGAUCGAGUGUGAGAUCCUGCGCAACGUCUUUAGCUACUUCCACACCAAGGUUCUGGGGAUAAAGGUAGAGCCCAAGGAUCUGACCCUCAAGCUCUGCCUCAUCAGAACCAUCUCCAUGAUUGGCCUGGCCAUCUGCAGCAGCACCCAGGCCGGCUUCUUCCACUUCUCCCGCAAAGCCGAGCUCCUCUCUCAUCUCCUGGAAUUUAUAAAGUCGGAGCCCCCAGACUGCCUGAAAUCCGCUCUGCGCCAACGCGCUCUGACUGCCUGCACUUACCUGGUUAAAUUGGAACCCCCAUUAAGUGAUGCCAACAAAUCAGAGUUGCUUACAACCUGCCUUUCCAGCGUCUUCUCUCUCUCACCAGUGGGCUCCGGGGCCCCAGGAGAGCUGCACAUACAGACCCUCUACCAAGACACGGUGGAGGCACUGAAGGACUUACUGAGGAGCCUGUUAUUGUGGAACCUGACACCGCAUGGGCUGCAGGAGAUGUUUCAGGUGCUGGGGCCCUGGAUUAAAUCAAACAAGGAGCAUGAGAGGGACCGGGCCAUGGAAGUGAGCGCCGCCCUGCUGGAGUGUUACCUACACAAGCUGAACGUUAAUGCCAUGGUGCCAUUUUACAACUUGGGACUUUUGAUUGGGAAGAUAUCGCCUCGCUGCUCCGACUCUGUGGCCUCUGUCCGCCGGCGCACUGUGGACUGUAUCUACUACCUGUUGUAUAUCCAGCUGAGAUAUGAAGGAUUUGCCCCAGAUCACAAAGAUGAGUUAGUGGAGAAACUUCUCAGCUUCAAGCAGGGUCUCCAGAAGCCGGACCCAAGCGUCUUGUACCACACGUGCUUCAAUGUGGCCAUGAUAAUUGGGAAGCGCCUCCCCCCUGAGCAGCUCAUCAGCCUCCUCUUCAUCACUUUUGAGGGAUUAUCUGACCCUGAUAUUAACUGCUCCCGAGCAGCCUCCGUCAUGGUGAAUUCCCUGCUGAAAGAUCGGGGUUCUAUCUUACUCGCUAAGGUGCCGGACAUCAUGGCGCGGGUAGAGGAGCAGCUGCAGGAGACGCAGGAGGCGCAUGUCAGGAAAGCUGCGCUACAGACUGUCUAUAUCCUGGCCUCGCAACACCUGGAGGCCGUACUGAGCAGCCUCUUGUCCUGCCCCCUCCCCUACGCCAGUGAGACGUGUGUGCUGUGGGGGGCGCUCUCGUCGGACCCCCCCCUUACCUCCCAGGUACUGGAACUGCUCAUGGGCAAAAUGGGUGUUGAUGUCCCCUACAAGGAGAGCAAAUCCUCCCUGCUGAGCUCUGUGUCCGGCCGCGUCGCCACCCUCCUGCCGCUCGCUGCCUCGUGUGCUGUAUGUGAGAUCCUCUCUGCGCCAGACUCCGCCCCCGCGGUACAGGAGCUGUACCCCCAGCUCUUUGUGACCCUCCUCCUCCGCAUCAGCGUCAUGAUUGGGGUGCAACUGCCAAAGAACCUGGGGCCUUCCAAGGAUCGGAAAAACUCCAGCAGCCCCCCAUCCAGGGACCUGGACCCCUGCGGCUCUGCGGUGGAGGCGCUGAAGUUCAUGCUGAGCCGGGGGGGCAGCGAGGAGGUGACGUGCAGUUUGGAGGCAGAAGGAGGUUGGGAGAACAUGAGGAAAGAGGAGACUCACCAUUUAGGGGUUUCCUCCCUGAGCAGCUCCAUGGUGCAGUACGCGGGCCCCAAGCUCCCGGUGAUACUGAAGGCUCUGCAGCCGGCACUGAGCAGUGUGUAUGAGCGACAGCGAAUCACAGCCACAGCCUUCCUGGCCGAGCUUUUGCGCAGCAGUAACCUGGGCAACCUGAUUGUCAUUGAGCCCCUGAUGGACAACAUGACGAGUCGGCUGAAGGAUGGCGCCGUGACCGUGCGUAUGUUGGCGGUGCGGGGGCUGGGCAAUAUGGCCGCUGGAGCCCCUGACAAGGUACGGAAGCACGGCCCCCAGCUCCUCACCGCCAUGAUCAACGCUAUGGACGACAGGGAGGACCCGGAGCACAUUGUCACCCAAGAGGCCAUGUCCAGCCUGUGCCUCCUGCUGCCCUACGUACAGGAGAAGGACAUCCGCUCCCUCCUUAUCCACACCGCCAUCCGCGUCCGGCCCUUCUUCGACCACGAGAGGGAGGAGCUCCGCAAGGCUUCCAUUUCUCUUUUCGGGAAUCUCAUCAAGUUCUGCUCCGGGAAUGGGAAUGGGGAGGAGGUAUUUUAUGAGCAAAUGAUGAGCGGUCUCGUGGCGCUGCUGCUCCACCUGCAGGACCCCCGGGCCGACGUGGUAAAGGCCUGUAAGUUUGCCCUACAGAUGUGCGCCCCCCGCAUGAACAACCCCAGCCUGGCGGACAUGUUCCUGAGCCACCUCCAGCCGGAGCGCGGGCUGCACUAUGGCGAGUUCAUGAAUAACGUGUGCAAACACCUGUUACAGGGGACCCCGGAGCUGCUCUCCCGCCUCAUUCAGACCAACGUCAGUUAUUUCAAGAGCAUCUGGCCUGAUAUCCGCGCAGCUGCCCCCCUCUUUAUAGGGUUCCUGGUGCUGCACAUGCAGGAGGAUCAGACCAAACAAGUUGAUCUGGAACAUUUAGUCUCCUCGCUGAUCGUUCUGCUGAAGGACCCGCACCCCCCAGUCCGUGCCCGGGCCUCCGAGACUAUUGGGCGCCUGGUCAGGUUUGCGCAGUCAGAACCGACCCAAGUGGCCCCCCGGGCCCUAUAGAGACUUUGUGCUGCUCUGGCUGCCGGGACUGAGUAUCAGCUGAGCGGUCACUAAGCAACGAGUGGCACCCAAGUACCAGCCUGGCACCCCCUGCUCUGCCCGCUGCAACAUUCCAUAGGGCCCCUCCUACUGUGGGCACAUCCGGGAAUCCGUGGGGCCCCUCCUACAUACCGUGGGCACAUCCGGGAAUCCGUGGGGCCCCUCCUACGUACCGUGGGCACAUCCGGGAAUCCGUGGGGCCCCUCCUACCUACCGUGGGCACAUCGGGGGAAUCCGUGGGGCCCCUCCUACCUACCGUGGGCACAUCGGGGAAUCCGUGGGGCCCCUCCUACGUACCGUGGGCACAUCCGGGAAUCCGUGGGGUCCCUCCUACAUACCGUGGGCACAUCCGGGAAUCCGUGGGGCCCCUCCUACGUACCGUGGGCACAUCGGGGGAAUCCGUGGGGCCCCUCCUACCUACCGUGGGCACAUCGGGGAAUCCGUGGGCCCCUCCUACGUACCGUGGGCACAUCCGGGAAUCCGUGGGGUCCCUCCUACAUACCGUGGGCACAUCCGGGAAUCCGUGGGGCCCCUCCUACGUACCGUGGGCACAUCGGGGGAAUCCGUGGGGCCCCUCCUACCUACCGUGGGCACAUCGGGGGAAUCCGUGGGGCCCCUCCUACCUACCGUGGGCACAUCGGGGGAAUCCGUGGGGCCCCUCCUACCUACCGUGGCACAUCGGGGAAUCCGUGGGGCCCCUCCUACCUACCGUGGGCACAUCGGGGAAUCCGUGGGGCCCCUCCUACCUACCGUGGGCACAUCGGGGAAUCCGUGGGGCCCUCCUACCUACCGUGGGCACAUCGGGGAAUCCGUGGGGCCCCUCCUACCUACCGUGGGCACAUCGGGGAAUCCGUGGGGCCCCUCCUACCUACCGUGGGCAGCAUCGGGGAAUCCGUGGGGCCCCUCCUACCUACCGUGGGCACAUCGGGGAAUCCGUGGGGCCCCUCCUACCUACCUUGGGCACAUGGGGGAAUCCGUGGGGCCCCUCCUACCUACCGUGGGCACAUCGGGGAAUCCGUGGGGCCCCUCCUACCUACCGUGGGCACAUCGGGGAAUCCGUGGGGCCCCUCCUACCUACCGUGGGCACAUCGGGGAAUCCGUGGGGCCCCUCCUACCUACCGUGGGCACAUCGGGGAAUCCGUGGGGCCCCUCCUAUGUUCCGUGGGCACAUGGGGGAAUCCGUGGGGCCCCUCCUAUGUUCCGUGGGCACAUGGGGGAAUCCGUGGGGCCCCUAUCUUGCACCCACUUACUGUGCAACCCAUAAUCAGGCAAAUUCUGCCCUUGGCCCAGUGCCCCACCUGAGCCACACCCCUCAUCUUUGGGCCACACCCAAAAUCUUUGGGCCACCCCCCCCAUAGGAGUCCUAUUACUGUCUCCCCCAUUCUAGUGGGUACGACGCCCCCACAUUUUUGCCAGUUUGAAGAGAUUUUGGGGAGUCCACACAAAGCUCUGAUUGGCCAUUGGCAAGCGAGUGGGCUCAUCAGCUGACUGUGCGUAUAUGGGCCAAUCAGGUGGGUUCUAGUUGGCGCGGCUUGGGGUUCGGGGAGUUGUUUUUGCCCAAUUGACGGGUUUCGUUAAUAAAGAGAAAUGAGUUAUUUUGGA